AUGGCAUUGGACUCGUUCCGGCGUGAUUUUCACCUGGACGAAGUUAGCUCGACAACCCGCGAUACCAUCCAGGGCAACAUCGUCUCAACGUUUCAGGCUGGCUGCUUCUUUGGUGCCCUUUUCACUUUCCCCAUCGCCGAGAAAUUUGGUCGCAGGAAAACCGUCAUGCUCGCCGGAACCGUGUUUCUCAUCGGUGGCACUCUUAUGACUGCAGCCAGCGGAAACCUGAACUUGAUCUACGCUGGCCGUGCUAUUGCUGGCUUGGGAAUCGGAGCAUCAUCGUUGACUGUUCCCGUUUACAUCGCCGAGACAGCCCCGCCUUCGAUCCGUGGUCGACUUGUCGGCAUCUUCGAAAUCGCCUCUCAGGGAGGUGGUAUGCUGGGCUUUUGGAUCAAUCUAGUGCCGGGCUUGGGACUUGCGCUAGGCAUGAUCUGGUGCCCAGAGUCUCCCCGUUGGCUCGCUCGUGGAGACCAUUUUGACUCUGCAGAAAGGAUUCUGACCCAGAUCCGUGGUCUGCCUGCAGAACACGAGUACAUUCGCCGUGAGAUGAACGAUAUUCGCACUCAGGUCGAACAGCGUAUGUCUCAACGCAUGACAAAGAAGCAAAUGUUCCAAAAGCUUUUCCAAAAGGGUAUUCGAAACCGCAUGGGCUUGGGCAUGGCGCUCAUGUUCCUUCAGAGUUUCACUGGUGUAAAUAUCAUCACAUAUUACGCCCCCAGAAUUUUUGAGAGUCUUGGAAUCACUGGGACAUCCACGAAGCUUUUUUCUACUGGUUUUUACGGCAUCGCAAAGACCUUUGGAAUGUUCCUCUUCACCUUCUGGGUUGCUGAGAGAGUCGGUCGACGAAAGGGACUAUUGUGGGGAUCUGCACUUGGCUGUAUUCCGAUGUGGUACAUUGGAGGAUAUGUCAUGAAAGCAGACCCUGCUGCAGCUGCCGCGGCAGGCCAAGUCACACGGGACGGCUGGGGCUAUCUCGCCAUGGCUUGUGUCUACAUUAACGGAGUCAUCAUCUGCGCAACGUGGCAAGGAAUCACUUGGCUUUACGCUUCUGAGGUGCAGACACUGGAAAUUAGAAUGCUGGCCGUUUCUAUCACAACAGCCACAACCUGGCUCGGAAGCUUCAUCAUCGCCCGCUCCACACCUUACAUGAUCUCCGAUCUGGGGUACGGCGCAUACUUCUUCUUUAGCAGUAUCUUGAUGCUCAUGGGGAUUUGGGCAUUCUUCUUUGUGCCAGAGACUAAGGGCCUGACACUUGAAGACAUGGACGCUCUUUUCAUGCAACCUACCCACAAGACAGUGUGGGCACAGAUGAGGGGUAGGGCAGUGGUAGCCCCUGGUCGCGCCAGGUCUCCCUCCAUCACCGACGAGAAAUACGAGGCAAAUAUCGAGGCUGCUCAGAUUGAAGAGCGUACCAAGUCAUGA